AUGAAACGACAAAAUGUCCGAACUCUCUCGCUCAUAGUGGUCACUUUCACAUAUUUAUUACUUGGAGCUGCUGUGUUUGACGCCCUGGAAUCGGAAUUUGAAGGUCAGGAGGAUCGUCGUUUGCACGAAUUGGCUGAACAGCUCAGACGGAAGUAUAACAUGUCCGAAGAGGAUUUUGAUGAAAUCACUCAAUUGGGGAUACACAUGAAACCGUACAAGGCUGGAACUCAAUGGAAAUUUGCCGGCGCUUUUUACUUUGCUACAACAGUGAUUACUACGAUCGGUAUGUAA